UUUUCUAUCCGUGUGAAAAUAUUGCAACUCCUCUCCGAAUAGAGGAGAAAACAAGAAAACAAGAGAAAAAAAACGAAAAUACGUCAACCUUCCAAACCCUCGCUCUGUUUCGAAACAGGGAUUGCUCGUACGGUGGCUGAAUUGGUCGAAGAAAUUCAUUUUGCCCGGCGUAAUCGACGGUCGUCAUCUGAUCGGGGAUUGAAAAUUUUUAUCUUUUCGUGUUUGCGAUCGUUACUUCUGUCAUUAUGACCGUGCCGACGUUCGGAUGACGAAAGCAACUAGGUCUAGUUAUCGUUAACGGAGUGUAUAGCUUCAGAAUGAGCUCUCUCUCCCCAUUUUCACCCCGAUCCACCCAUCCCCUUAACGUCCCCGUCCCCCGUCCACCGACGCGCACCCCUAUUUCUCCACGCUAAACGCAACUAGGGUUUCAACUGUCUUUGUUUUCCUUUCUUCGCAGUGUUGUUCCAAGUGGGACGUGAAACAGUUGUCGAACAUAAAAACUGCGCGAGGGGAAUCUGAAAAAGCGUUCGCGAGUAUUGAAAAAAAAAAAUAAAAAAAAUGGGAAAAAAAAUGGAAAAACAGAAAAAAUCUCUGUACCAAAAACCGAUCGAUUUUUGCGUCGCAUCGAUCCAUUCGAGUUUAAUAUUGUAGAUGAAACUGGAAAAGAGUCGUCGACAGAAAAAAAUAGCAGUUUUGCAAUUCGAAAUAAUUUCGGUUUUUUUUUCAGUUAACAGGGAAAAAACACCGUCUGUUUUGUGAAAUCCAAAAAAAAAAAGGUGGGACCUAAAAAUCGGACAGAUUUGUGCGAGACAAGAGUGUACGUGUGAACGAAAAUGUGCAUCAACAAGAAAAACCGAUCGUUGUAAUUUUUCGAAACGGUACAUCCGAACGAUCAAAAAUUAAACUUACACGAUCGCCAGUUUCGAGUGGUUAUAGACAGUUGUGGGUGCGGUGUAAAAUUUUUCAUAUACAAUCGUGCAAAGUGCGGUGUUAAAAUAAACAAAUAUCCCGACGAAUAAUCGCAAUGGGUACGUAGUCGUCGGACGAUCAUCACCAUCAUCAUUAUAACGACGUAAUUAAUUUGUUACAAAAAUCGGGAUAACAAUCGCGAGAGCGAGAGAGAGCCGUCAGAGUGAGUGGAUCCCGCACCAGUUUUGGUCGCGGUGAGAACGCGAGUGCCACGAGGGUGAUUCCCCGCUCGCGGGAUUUUUCCCCUCUGCGUGAAAAAGCAACCCCGCCAGCGUCGCGGCGCCUAGGAAGGUGACGUUGGUGGGGGCAGGAGGUCGGGGGUCGGGGUCGGGGGAGGCGGCCUCAAAAAUACACCGCAACCACACCGCGCACCUCUACCGCAGAAGCCGCCACUUUCUACCGCCAAACCCAAACGCAACCACUGGCCGCAAGACUUACCCUUAUUCUCGUCCUACGGUUAACUUGGACCCGUGACAACUUCUCAACGGUCGCUCACGUUGCUCCGGUAUUCGUUUCAAGUUUUCGAAGAUAACGUUCGACCGGACGUCGCGGCGAAGAUUCUGCAUUCGAUUUUUUUCACUUUUUCAAACUUCGGCAACGUUCGAUAAUUUCUUUUAUUUUUUUUUUUCGCUCUUCGAUUCGUGAGAGGUUUUUCCUCACCGUUCAAUUUUUCUCUUGCGACGCGUUGAAAUAUUUACGAACAGAUUCAGUGACCGUUGAUCUGUAUCGGUAAAAAUUUGUGCGGGGUAGAAAAAUAUUUUGAUCAAUCGUUUUCGCCACCUCCGCGGUAUUAGUGUGUGAAGUGCGCGGUGAUUUUGGAACAAGAUAUAAAUGUGGAAGGACGAUAAGUUUGAAAUUUUUGAAAAAAGGAACUAGCAAUCGUUGACUUUUAUAUCGUACGGCAGAAAAGUGUUGUGCACAAAGUGACUUGUGGUACAAAAAUCGCAAAUAGUCGAGCGAAGAUCGGAGAUUGAAUUUCUUGCCGAUUUUAAAGCGAGUAAAAAUAUCGCGGCGAUCUAGAACAGAGGAGGGAAAAGAUUCCGGUGUAACUGGAGGAGGAUGUGCGGGAUAUCGGGAUGUAAAAGAGGAGAAUCAACGAAGCAAAAAUACUAAGAAGGGAGAUCAGAAAUCUCGUCGAUUCCAAUAAAACGAAUUUUCCCCGCGACUUGGCAGUCAAGUUUGAAGAAUUUGCAAACGGGCGCUCAGCUCUGUCUAAGGAUAAUGAAAUAAGGAUCAAAGGCUGCCGAAGGAGGAGCACCAGGAGUCUCCCGAUCGCGUCUUUUACGCGUUAUACCUCUAGGUAUACGACCGAGUGUUUCGUUCGAGAACAAAUCUAAUUCCCGAGGGAAGAGAUUGAUAUAUCGGUGCGUUGGUACCGGUUGAGGAAAUUGGUGUUUCACAAACGCCGGUAAUCGUCGGCGUAUUCGUUCCAUCCGAGGAAUCUCCGGGAGACCGUCUUCGCCGAUCCCACCAAUCGAAUUCCCUCGACGAAUAAGGGACAUCCGGGGCGAUUCCGUCCUCAAAUUUCCGAACAUUUGAGAAACGGUAAAAACAGCUUCGAACGAUAAUUUAGGAACCUCCGCCGAAGAAUCUUUUCAUCGAGAUUCGAAGUUCGCGGUGCGAUGAAUUAAUUCGGGAAGGAAUGUACAUUCGCACCUCGUUCUCAUGACGAAUCCUUCGCGUGACGUGCGUUCGGAGGAUCGCUCUCUCAGAUUGGAAUACAGAGACUCAACCGUGGCGUGCGCCAGCACAAGAGGUCGUCGGCCACGGGGCUACUCGAGGCGUAGAAUGCACCUGGCGAACGAGGUGCCAUCGCAGGGCGCCCAGAGCGGAAAUCAUCUACCUGAUUAUCCGCCCAGUGCCGAUCUCCUCGUCGAACGCACCGUCGACGGACUGCUCGCCGAACACCCCGGAGAGUUGAUCAGAACCGGAUGUCCUCACGUCGUCUGCACGGUUCUACCGUCGCACUGGAGGUCGAACAAGACUUUGCCGGUCGCCUUCAAGGUGGUAGCUCUGGGGGAGGUCGGCGACGGUACUCUGGUCACGGUGAGAGCUGGAAACGACGAGAACUGCUGCGCCGAGCUCAGAAAUUCGACCGCCCUCAUGAAGAAUCAGGUCGCCAAAUUCAACGACCUGAGGUUCGUCGGCAGAAGUGGAAGAGGAAAAAGUUUCACCCUCACGAUAAUGCUGCAGACCUCACCGCCCCAGGUGGCGACGCUGUCGAAGGCGAUAAAGGUUACGGUCGACGGCCCGCGAGAACCGAGGUCGAAAACAAGACAUCAAGCUUUCCAUCCGUUUCACUUCGGGCCCCGUCCCUUCACCUUCGGACACCCGCAGGAUCAUCUGGGAUUCAAAUUGACUGGGUUGCAACACCUGAGUCUGGACGGCGUUGGAGGCGGCGGCGGUGCCGGUGGAUGGGGCGGACUCCCUCGUGGCGGUCUCCCCCCGCACUGUCUUCCACCGCCACCCGGCCACCAUUCGCAUUCCCAUCCCCCGUCUGGAGGCGCCUCGGCUUUCAACCCUUUUCACCACGCUAUUGAGCAGCGCUCGCCAAGACUGCCCGCUACUACGGAGUCAUCUCGCGCCGGAGAUCUUGGACCAAUUACGGUGUCCGUUAGAGACGUCAGUCCGACAACGUCCCCCGGGAACGGUCCUGGACUUCUGACCACCGCCGCAGUCGCGGCUCCUACACCCCCGGCCGAACCAACAAACGCCACUUCGAGUCCUUCGACUCACCAUCCGCCUCAUCAUCAUUUUCAAGGUCUUCAUCCGGCGCUUCUCGGCGCGCCCAAUCCGCUGUUCAGUUCGUUGUUCGGUCCGUUGUUACCGCAACAACCGAAUUGGCCGCAACAACCGAAUUGGUUUUACAACCAGUUUUACAAUCAGUUCUCACAAUCGGAAUGGCACGCGUUGGCGUUACGCGUCGCCCAUCAGCGUCUUCAGAGGCCCGAAAUACGACUGGAGGAGCUUCGCAAGCUUCGCGGUUCCAGCGGGAGUCCCGACGGUAGUUCCAAGGACGCUCCGCAACGCGAAAAAGACAGAACAGAGGAGACGGGGGAUGGCGAAGACAGAGCGAGAUCCCGGGGCUCCGAGAGUCCCGAGGGAAGCAUCGAGGUCGACGACGAGUCCGACCGAAGAAUAGAAGGGUUGAGCAUCAGGAUCCACAAGGGUCGGAGGCGGGAGCGUUCGGGGAGCGAAGAAUCCUCAACGGGAGACCGGGAGUCGCCCGGAGAAUCUCCCAGGGGAUCACCGGGCCGGUCGCCCAGCAGCGACGAAGACGACGGCGGUUCCACUCGCGGACCGACCGAGGAAUUGACCAUCCGAUUGCAACCGAACGUCGAGAAUAUCAAGGAAGAAUCGAGUCCCGGCAACGAAAUCGAUCACAGAAGAGACUUGACGAUAAAAAUCAGACUCGAGGAAACUGUAGACCUGAGCACGAAACGAAAUCGCGACAAGGAAAACAGAGAGGAGGACCUCAGCAGAGGUCAAGAUCUCACCACGAGAAGAAAGGAGGACGAGGUCGACCGAGAGACCAUAAGACCGAGGCGAGAGAGGACCCCGAAACCUCGCCACGUCUGGAGACCUUAUUAAGCGCAUUCAAAGGAGAAGAAACGACGAGCGGAAGAAAGUAGACCAGGCCCACGUGGAAACGGUGGUGUAGAAGAUAACCGGAUUUUCCAUUAUUAGAGAUUGUUCGGGAUCAUCGGGAUUGAAAUACUCCGGGGAAGUUCGAAGGAGGAAAUAGGGAUGUUUAGAUCACGGUGGUCGCUGAGUUUUCCCCGCAACGCGUCGGUGGACGAGGUGACCGUCGUGGUUGAGGUUGGUCGAGACGAGGAGAGUCCGGCGGACGCAUCGAGGCGAGGGUUACGAGGCUAUGGAAUUCUACGUGCUGGAAAAUCGUGCGUACGAAACUCCUGCGGAGUACCACACAACGACGAUACCGUUCGCGUUCCGGACCCGCAAGACGAUCUAUUAGCGGAGCGAACGGGGUCCCUAAUUUAUAAUCCGCAACACACGCGCAAAGGGUUGAAAUUACGGUUGGGGGAAAAAAAAAAAGAUUUUUCGUCGACAAAGGGUUGGAAAGCCAGAGCUUCCGAAAUCUAUUUUUCCCGGAAUUCGAAAAAACGGGGGCUCUUCGGAAUCGAGAUAUUCGCAUAAAUAAUUUUCUUCGUACGUGAUGGACAGUGGAAACGAAAUAACUUUAAUCGAGAUACAAAAAAACAAAGAGAAAAAAAAACGAAAAAAAAAACGAAAUUCACUAGAGAUUCGAGGACUAACCAGGGUUUUAAACUGCGUAACGUGUAAAUAAUAAAUAACGUCCUAUAUUGAGUGUAUGAUAUUAAAAUUUUAAGUAAAAUUUCUGUCGAACGUAUUACGUUAAAUAGUGUCACUAUAAUUAGCGAGAUGAUACCGCACUCUAGGACACGUACUCGAAAGAAAAAUCAGAGAGGUGAAAAAUUGAUAUUGGAAGAGUUUCGUUGCCUUCCAAAUAGAUGCAAACAUGUAGGACGAUAGCAUUAUAAUCGCAGGAUAUUCCUCCCCGAGGUGUAUAUUUAAUUAUUGGUUUAUCAAUGACCGAUUACACUGUCUAAAUAUGUAAUAAACUAAUUAUCGACAUUUACGAUUACGUCGUGGAUCAUGAUCACGUAAUAAUUAUCAUAAUCAAUAUAUUGCACCUGAACGACAAAAAUUAAUUGAAGAAGAAAUAAAUGAAUAAAGUAAACGAAUGAAAUGACUCGAUCGUGACCGCCAGACGUGAGAAAAUCGCGGAUUUCGUCGCGUUGUAUUUCGUCGUGUUUGAUUCGUGACAUAUAGAAUUAGCUGGGAGCGGGCGCACUUGGAGGUAUACUGCAUAGCGUUAGAUUGGUGAAAUGUGAACUCAGUUCACUAUACACAGCUGAAGGCUUCGAGGAGAGCGAUGGAUGCGUAACUCAACGCUGUAAUCGAUGGUGGGGCGUUGCGAACCGUGCGUAAAUUGAUGCGUCUGUAACGAAGGCUGAUGCAGAGUUUGAAUAUCGCGUAGACUGCGACACUUGGUUACGUCCAAGUAUAUCGCUCGUUUCGGUCGAGAGGGUUAAUGAAUGAGGUGAACGUCGC